UGACGACACCGAGCACGCCAUUAAAUAGCAGUAGGCCGCCCUCCCCGCCCUCUCGGUCUUAGCGCCAUCUUCCUUGAGACUCCUACGCCAUGAGAGCGAAGUGGCGGAAGAAGAGAAUGCGCAGGCUGAAGCGCAAGAGAAGAAAGAUGAGGCAGAGGUCCAAGUAAGCCAGCCCGUGCACCCACGACGCCUGCAGGAGCAGAAGUGAGGGAUGCUGAGGGCCGGGACAAGCUAUCGGACUGUGUGCUGCCAUCGGUAAUGAGUCUCAGUAGACCUGGAACAUCACCUCGCCGCGAUCGCCUGGAGAAAUGACCGCCUUUCUUACAACCAAAACAGUCCCUCUGCCCUGGACCCCCGGCACUCUGGACUAUCUCUGUUCUCUUGUGGCCAAGUGUAGCUCGUGUACAAUAAACCCUCUUGCAGUCAGCUGAAGAAUCAAA